AUGACCAUCGAUACGAAACCAGUUACCAUGAUCAUUCUCGGCGGCGGCCAGCGCGGCGUCGUCUACGCCAAGUACGCCAUCGACCAUCCUGACAGGGCAAAGGUCGUGGCCGUCGCCGACCCCCGCGAAGCUCGCCGAAAGAUCUUCCAGCGCCAGCAUCACCUGGAGGACGAUAUGCUGUUCGACGACUGGAAGCCCAUUGCUGAGCGCCCCAAGUUCGCCGACGCCGUUGUUGUCUCCGUCCUGGACCAGCUGCAUGCCGAGCUCGUGGAGGUCUUCUCAAAACUCGGCUACCACAUCCUGUGUGAGAAGCCGAUGGCCACCUCGAUCCCUGACUGUGUCAAAAUGGUGAAGGACGUCGAGGAAGCACCGGAGCCUAUCAUCUUCGGCGUCGGUCACGUCCUCCGCUAUUCGCCCUACAAUCGCCUCGUCAAGGAGGUCCUGGACUCCGGUGCGAUCGGCGACAUCGUCAACAUCCAGCAUAUGGAGCCGGUCGGCAACCAGCACUUUGCGCACUCUUUCGUCCGCGGCAACUGGAACAAGGAGCAUGAGACGACCUUCGCGCUCAUGUCCAAGUGCUGCCACGACCUCGACAUUCUCUCCUUCUACGUCUCCGGUCUCAAGCCGUCCCGCGUGCAGAGCUUCGGCUCGAUCGGCCUCUUCAAGAAGAGCCGCAAGCCGAAAGAGGCUGGCGACGCCACACGCUGCCUUGAGUGCCCUGCCGAGAAGGACUGCAUCUGGAGUGCCAAGAAGAUCUACGUCGACCCUUUUGAGCCCGGAUCCACCGGCCGCAAGGGCUGGGCCGCCGUCAUGCUCGAUAACACCGACCUGACGCUCGAGAAUGCCAAGGAGGCUUUGAAGACGAGCCCCUACGGCGUUUGCGUCUACGAGGCAGGCAACGACGUUGUCGAUCACCAGACCGUCAACAUCGAGUAUGAGGGCGGCAUCACGGCUACGAUGACGAUGAGUGCCUUCACUGAAGCCGAGUGCGCGCGUAGCACUAUCAUUCAGGGCACCAAGGGCGAGUUGAUCGGCGACAUGCGGAGCUUCACCGUAUUUGACUUCCUGACGCGGACGAAGAAGACGUACACGCCGCAGAGUGGCAUCGGGUCGCACGGCGGCGGUGACGGCGGUCUGUCUGCUGCUUUCGUCGACGCCAUCCUGGCAGGCGACCAGGCUCCCCUGGGGAUCACGCCGCAAGACGUGCUCAACAGUCACCUUAUCGUGUUUGCGGCCGAGAAGGCGCGCCGCGAUGGCACGGUCGUGGACUUUGACUCAUUCAAGGAGCAGGCCCUCUCUGGUAAGAUCAGGGGGAUAUAA